ACACACACACACACACACACACACACACCCAACCCCCUGUGAUGCUAACCGCCCCAUGGCUGUACUGGGACGGCAUGUCUGUCGAGGAGGCGGUUUAAUCUGAAACCAAACCUGGAUAUUAUGGAGGAAUUGAUGUGUUGACGGAGAUGCAUGAAAAAGACAGUCGGACUCCGCGGCGGGAUGAUUGGCGAUAAACGAGCACAGGAACACGGAGAGAGAAAUCUGAGUCACCAUAAUCCAUCUGGACGCUGGGGGGGAAGAUGAGGACCAUGAUGGCUUCGAUGAAAACAGCAUUAUUCGUGUUCGUGCACGGGGUGAUCCACUACGCUGUGUGUCGCGACGUAGCACUUCCCACUGGAACCCUCUACCGCGUCGCAGGGUUCCAAGUCUCCCUGCCGUGUUCGGUGUCGGGCUUCGAGGGACCGCGCACGCAGGAGUUCGAGUGGUUCUUAUACAGGGACGAUGCUGCUGGGAGGCAGAUGGGAGUCGUGUCCACCAGGGACAAAGGCUUCCCUUACGCCCCGUUUCAGCCCCGGGUGAAGAACGGGGAGGUGAGGGUGGAGAGGGACUCGGGGGACAAAGUCCGGCUGGUGAUCCAGAGGCUUCGGGCUGAGGACCAGGGGAAGUACGAGUGCUACACACCCAGCACAGACACAACGUACCAGGGGAACUACAGCGCCUCAGUGGUUGUUAAAGUGAUCCCUGACACACUCCAGAUCAGCUACACUCGCUCGCUCACUGGUCAGCCUGUGCCAGAGGGGGCUGAAUUAACACUGACAUGCUCAGCUGGCAUCCAAUCGGAGCAGCUCACCCACCUGUCUGUCACGUUUGGGAAGAGGAGCGGAGGAGAGGGCACCGGGAGCGAUGACGCUGGAGGGGAGGUGAGCAACGUUAGAGAGAUAAUCUCCAUCGACAAGAUGCUGGGGAUCGUUCCUGGGCGUGGGUACAAGAAGAGGUAUGAUGACGGAGAGAUCACGCUGGAGAAGAGGAAUGGGGAGGCGGGGCUGGCUGUGUACGUGAUGAAGAUGAAGAUGGUGCAGCCGGACGACACGGGCUCAUAUUUCUGUGAAGCCUCUCAGUGGAUUCGUGACCCUGACCGAUCUUGGCAGAAGAUUGCACAGAGGACUCUGGAUAUUGGCAACUUGACUGUUCAGCAACUAGCCGAGUCACUGAGUAUAACAUCCUCACCCCGAGGGGAGGUGACCCUGCAGAUCGGUUCCCCUCUCAUCCUGACUUGUGAGGUGUUGGGGAUGCCGUCUGAUGUGAACUCCGGACUGCUCGUUCAAUGGAUGAAGAGGGGAUCAGUAAGCAGCGACACAGCUGUAGCCGGGGGAGUGGAGGUGGAGGUGGCCCGGAUGAGCCCAGAUGGUGUCGUGAGUUGGGGGGACGACGUCAGCCGAUCUAGCGGGGGCUCCAUGGAGAAAGUGUCAGAGGGAAAGUACUCUCUGAAGCUGUUCUCAGCCCGCCCUCUAGACUCCGGUGUGUAUAGGUGUGUAGUGAGCGUAUACGCUGGAAGAAGAAACCCUGGUCCCUCUACACCUGCAACACACACCCAGAGGUCUGAGGGAGUCACUGUCAACCUCAAGACCAAAGACGUGCUAGUUUCAGCCGUGGCUCAGCUCCCUCGAGGCCCCCUGUUGAAAAGAGGCAGCACCAUCACACUGAUCUGCACUGCCACCGUGACAACUACGGGUCCCGCCCAGGCACAGGUGCAGUGGCUGCGCUGGCCGAUCCCUGAACCGUUUAUCAGGAGAGGGCAGAGCACGACUCCUGAUCUCACUCUGCCAGCCCCCCCUGUUGACGACAAACCCAGAGUGGUAGCUGCCCUCAUGUACGAUGGCGUUUCGAAAAUCUACACCAACACAAGCGAGGUCAGCAUCGACCGCCUGUCUGCUGUCAGCUACAGACUGAGGGUCCACACAGCUACAAUGGAGGAUCAGGGAAUGUAUGCGUGUCAUGCAGAGGCUUGGGGGCAGGACCCGCAUGGAGGCUGGUACAACACAGGGACCAGGGCAGAGUCAAAUGCAGUGACUGUUUACCUCUAUGCUAGAGCUGCUGACCUCCUCCUCAUCCCUCUGGUUGUCGGAGUAUCCUCUGCUUUGUUUGUUGGCAUCCUCAUCAUCGCAACGGUGACCUGCUGCUUCAUGAAGCGGCUGGCGAGGCAGCGCGCUCAAAAAUAAGUUGGCUGGCUAUGUGAAAUCUUAAUGUUUGUGACGAGGCCUAGAAGAGUGAUGCACAGAAUAAUAUGGAAGAAAUGGCAAAGAAAUGACUUCAAGACAAAAUGUCAAGUCAAAAAUGAAACAGGUACAUAAUGGUUAUCCUACGGUAAUACAAUCAAAGCCAGAAAACAAAAUCUGUUUUAUAAUCUCAUGUAUUUUUAUAUCCAAACCUCUGAAAAGAGCAUACAACUCAGUGACCCUGUCAAUGUCAGACUUUUUAGUGAUCCAUUUUUUUUUCCAAUGCAAAGGCAAGACGUGUUCUUAACAAGGUCAAAGUAAUGAAGGUUCUUUAUGUUUGUUUAAAGUGAGGAAUGCUACAGUUACUGCAAAGAUUAAAAAGCAUCGUUUCUGUAGAAAGGCCGAGCAAAACUCCCUCACAGAAGUCAAAGUUGCUGAAUAAAGAAACCAAAUUGU